AUGUCUUCAACCACAGGUGCUGAAGUCCUGACACAAGGUACAGGGUAUGGCGUCGUGCUCGGAAUCGGCUUCGUCUUCGCUAUCAUCAUGAUGGGUUUAUCAACCCUUCAAAACCGCUAUACGACCUACAAGAUCUCCACCUCCGAGGAGUUCAAUACAGCAUCACGCAGCGUCAAACCCGGUCUUAUUGCUUCUGGCAUCGUGUCGGCAUGGACCUGGGCGGCAACGCUCUUGCAAAGCUCCACAGUGACUUAUGAGUAUGGUCUAUGUGCUGGCUAUUAUUAUGCAGCAGGUGCUACGAUUCAAAUAUUUGUUAUGGCAAUUCUCGCCGUGCGGGUUAAACAGAUCGCACCAUACUGUCACACCUUCCUCGAGAUUGUUCACGCUCGCUACGGUAACACAGCACACUUCAUGUUCGCGACUUUUGGACUGGUCGUCAAUCUUAUUGUCUCGAGCAUGUUACUGCUUGGUGGCAGUGCAGUUGUUAAUGCCUUCACUGGGAUGAACAUUUAUGCCGCCAACUUCCUCAUUCCGCUUGGGGUCUGUAUCUAUGUCAUCCUCGGGGGUCUUCGCGCCACGUUCUUAUGCGAUUAUUCACAUACACUCAUCUUGAUGAUCCUCAUAUUUUACUUCUUCUUCUGGACAUACACGAAAGCAGACCUUAUCGGCGGUUUUGAGGGAAUGUACAGCUUGCUACAACAAGCAAGCAUCGAGCGACCUGUCGCCGGAAACCAAGAUGGCUCAUACUUGACGCUGAAGUCCAACUAUGGACUUACAUUUAUGAUCAUUCAGAUCACUGGUGGAUUUGGUACUGUCAUGCUGGAUCAGGCUCGUUAUCUGGGCUACUGGCAACGUGCAAUCGCAUCAGAAGCAAAGACCGCUGUCCGAGCCUAUCUUAUGGGCGGUAUUGCCUGGUUUGCUGUACCUCUCACUUUUUCCUCUAUCAUGGGCCUUGCUGCUGUCGCGCUUGCCAACAAUCCCAGCUUCCCGUAUUCUGGUGGGCUCACAGCGGCGGAGAUUAAUGCUGGCCUAGCUGCUCCCGCUGGUGUAGUGACACUAUUGGGCAGUGGUGGUGCAGCAGCUAUGUUGAUACUGCUUUUCAUGGCAGUAACCUCAGCUGCAUCUUCCGAGAUGAUUGCGACAUCAUCUAUUCUUACAUUUGAUCUGUAUCAAAUCCACUUUAAUCCUGAUGCAUCACCAGAGUCUCUUAUACGUGUAUCUCAUAUAAUGGUCGCAGUAUGGGCUCUGGUAAUGUCGUGUGUUGCAUCGUUAUGGAUCGGAAUAGGAGUAUCUUUGAACUGGCUAUUCUUGUUCUCGGGAACUUUGUUCACUGGCGCUGUUGGCCCAGUCAUCUUUAGUGUGGUAUGGCGCCAGCAAACAAAAGAGGCUGCCAUCAGUGGCGCAUUGGGAGGAGUAGUAGUUGGCAUAAUUGCAUGGUUGGCAGUUGCAAAAACGUAUUACGGCGAAUUGACUAUCGCAACUACAGGACUAAUGUAUCCUAACCUUGCUGGAAACCUGGGCGCUUGCUGCUCGGGUGCUAUCAUUUCCGCCGUCGUCACUCUCAUUAAACCUGACAACGAGUUUGAUUGGUCUGCUACUAAAAGAAUCAACCCCCGAGCAAGAGAGAUGGAUCGAAAGCAAGCGACCAUACCGGACUCCGUGUCUGGCUCUGGCUCCGACUCACCUGUCGAGAAAGAGAAGCAAGAAAGUGCCAUGGUGGAUGUAGCAUCGGCGAAAGACGACAUAACGAUUGAUGUCCCAGCUGAAGAAUACGCUGAACUUCAAAAGUCACUCAAGGUUGCUACCUGGGCAUCAUUGACACUGAUAUUCAUUGUACUUUUCCUUAUACCGAUACCCAUGUUCCUAUCACACUACGUGUUCUCUCUGAACUUUUUCAGAGGUUGGAUUAUCAUCUGUGUCGCGUGGCUCUUCGUAGCUGCUGGCAUCACAUCAAUCCUACCUCUCUGGGAGAGCCGUGCAGCGAUAAAGGAUAUCUUCUUGGGUAUGGUUCGGGACAUAUUCGGCGGUAAAGCACGACAGGGGGCAAUUGCAAGUAGUAAUACUGCAUAA